ACAGCUUAAUGUGGCAAGCAAAUCUUGUUCUGAAUUCAGUGGAAAAAUGGUUACAAAUUAGAUAUGUAAUAAUAAUUGCAACUUCUUAAAUUUGUCAAUGACCACUAUGUUGGUACAAUUAUUGUGGUUGAUCAUUUUAUGCAUGAAUAACUUUAAAAAUUUAAGUCUAUACUUGAUAACAUAACAUGCAGUGUAUGUGAAAUGUAUGCAUGCAAUAAAGAUGAAUACCACUGAAAUAUGGCCCAGAUAUUUGUAAUGAUUAUAUUCAAGAAUUUACAUGCACCUUUAAUUCAUAAUAAUUAUUCAGAAUUUUAAAUAACAAUAACACAAAAACUUUGGUACUUAUAUCUAUCACUGCACAAGUGAACUACACAAUCAAAAGAUAUUACAAGUGUUCAUUCAGUUAAUUGGUAUAAUCUGUACUGUCAAUACUAAUCACUCAAGAUCUCCAGCCUAUGACAUUAUACUACUGAGUGAUAACACUGUGCUGUAUUUUUUUGUAAACUUCUGUUUAGACUGGUAUAACAAUUGAUUAUUAUAGUCUACUAGAUUAUUAUUAGUUUUGAACAAGUGGAAAAUUAAUUCAAGUUGAUAUUACAGACUUUAUCAAUACAAUAAACUACGGCCUCACUGCACGGUAUUAUGACUCAACAUAUAGUAGAUCUAUCUCCAUAGAUAAAAAUUAUAUUUGUCACUGAAGUUCUGUAUGUUGUCUAGGCCAUCAUGGAGUUUGCUAGCAUCAUAAAUACUGAUGCUAGCAUUGAUAUCUAUGCUCUAUAGGUCGGUCAGGUCCGUGGUCAUUAACGCGGAGUCCGUACUUUAGUCUUUUCGGGUCCCUUGGUCGGGUCAAUAAAUUAGUUUGUAUCGGGUCCGUCGCUCGGUCCGUAAAUUAGUCUUUUCGGGUCCGUUGGUCUGGUCCGGUCCGCUUUUUAGGGACAACCAUUUUUGUCCACUUUGGCGCUCCAUACACGACACGUGUAGGAUUAAUGUUGGGAUGAACGUCGAAGUGACCUGUUUAGUAGUUGAUUCUGGUCCAUUUAUAAAAGGAGCGGCUCUACAGGACUGGUCCCGUACCAGACUGUAUAUACUAUCAGAGAUAAAGAACAGUGAGACCCGCCAGAGACUACAAGUAUUACCCUAUCAACUGAUAUUGAGGGAACCAUCACAAGAAUAUAUAAAACAUGAAACUGAUUUCUCUAAGAAGACUGGUGAUUAUCAAAGUCUAUCAGCUGUUGAUCUUCGACUGAUUGCACUCACUUACCAGCUGGAGAAGGAGAGAGGACCUCAAAGAGGAACCAAUUUAAGAACUGACCCAAUACAAACCAACAAAGAACAACAAAGGAUACCUUAUUCUACAGCUGGUUUCUACACUGGAAAGAAGCCACAGAAGGUAAGACUAUACAAGAAAUAAUUAU